AUGACUGGGUACACGCCGGAUGAAAAGCUCCGUUUGGAUCAGCUCAUAAAGCUCCGGAGGCAGUGGUUAAAGGACCAGGAGCUGAGCCCGAGGGAGCCGGUCAUACAAGCCAAGCCUCCGAGCGCCGUCGCCAAGUUCUGGGCUGGCUUUCUGGAGCCCAAGAGCUUGUGGAGGAUCUACACGUACAAGGCUUACAGAGGAGGGGUAUUUACCCUAACACGACUUCUUAUACCAGCUUGGGUUGUUCACUAUUAUGUCAAAUACCAUCUUGCAAACAGGCCAUACGGUAUUGUUGAACUGAAGCCAAAACUCUUUCCUGGUGACACGGUCAUGGAGACCGUGUUAAAGUCAGAGACCAUGUCUGCCAUCCAGAUUGCUCUGCAACACAACCAGAGUCGAGGAAAAAGAAAAUCUGGCCAGAGGUCGACGGACGUUUCCCCAGACUCCAAGUGCCCCAUCUGCUUGGACUUGUUCAACAAUAUAUCAUACUUGGACAUCUGUCUACACAAGUUCUGUUUCCGAUGCAUUCAUGAAUGGUCCAAGAACAAAGCCGAGUGCCCGCUAUGCAAACAGCCGUUCAAUUCCAUCUAUCAUAGCAUAAAGUCAGAGCAGGAUUUUAAGAAGUAUGACUUAAAGCCUGCAGACAAUGGCUCAUUUGGAACGUUUGGGGGUGUACGUUUUAGGUACCGCACCACCCUCACAGGCAUCAAUCGGCAGAGAACAUUCGCACCUCCAGACAAUGGAGUCAUGUUUGAGGCUUCAACAAACCAGCCACCACAAAGGCGAGACCGUUACAUCCACCGCAUCAUGACAAAACUGGCAUCUCAGCGGAGAGCAGCAAUCAAUAUUGUACAACACAUUGUCAUGUCACGCAUCACACGUUAUGAUGUGGAAGAUGCCACCAUGUCAGAUGAACUCAGGCCAUUUCUUCAGGGUUGUACUGAACACUUCCUGCACGAGUUCAUUAGCUUUGCCAAAUCACCAUUUAAUAUGGAAGCCUAUGACCAGCAUGCAGUGUAUGACUACCAAGGUCCUUCAUCCACUGACGAAAACAGCUCUAACUCAUCAGUUAUUGCAAUAUCAGAGGAUGAGGCUCAGUCAAUAGAGCUAGACCCUCCAGGAGACUUUACGUCCACUGACACCGGUCUCUCUAUGUGGGACGAUGAGACGCCUGGCCCCUCCUACUCCAGCCAGCCAAAUCCCAAUUGGUCUCAAGAGCUCACAGUACUGCCAGAUUCAGACUCCGAGGGCAGUUUGGAGGAAGCCCAGAGUCUCCAGGCUCCUGUGGAAUCUGUAAACCCUCUUAACCAAAAAGAAGAGAUUGUGCACGAUGAAUGCUUUUCCUCUGACAACGAAGACUGCGUAAUAGUGGGCUUUGUCAAACCGACAUCUGAAAGAACUCCAGAACUUGUCCAACUUUCUUCUGAUUCCUCAGACGAUUCAGAUGUCGAAGAAUCUAUUUUAAGGGCUUUCGGAAUCUCAGAAGAUGAGAUAGGAAUCAUUGGUGGUUCUGGCCUGGAUGAUCCGGAUAUCUUGGAAGGACGCGCUGAGAGAUAUGUUGACACGCCAUAUGGGAAGCCAUCAGACGCUCUUAUUCUGGGAAAGAUCAAGAAUGUUGAGUGUGUUCUCCUGGCAAGACAUGGAAGAACACAUGCCAUAAUGCCCACCAGUGUAAACUACCAGGCUAAUAUCUGGGCACUGAAAGAGGAAGGCUGCACACAUCUCCUGGUGACGACUGCCUGCGGCUCACUGCACGAGGACAUCCAGCCGGGAGACAUUGUCAUCAUCGACCAGUUUAUUGAUAGGACCACAAAGAGAGCUCAGACCCUGUACGAUGGGCAGCAGAGCAGUCCUCCAGGAGUGUGUCACAUCCCCAUGGCGGAACCAUUCUGCAGCAAAACAAGAGAGGUUUUGGUGGAAGUGGCCCGAAGCCUUGGGAUCAAGUGCCACGAGAGAGGGACCAUGAUUUCAAUAGAAGGGCCACGCUUCUCGUCCCGAGCAGAAAGCCUGAUGUUCCGUCAGUGGGGGGCCGAUGUCAUCAAUAUGACCACCGUGCCAGAGGUGGUCCUCGCCAAAGAGGCCGGCAUGUGCUAUGCUAGCAUCGCCAUGGCAACAGACUAUGACUGUUGGAAGGAGCACGAGGAGGCGGUUUGUGUUGAUAAUGUGCUUAAGACCAUGAAAGAAAACGCUAAUAAGGCCAGCAGCCUCCUCUUAACGGCGAUCCCCCAGAUCAGCCAAAUGGACUGGGGGCAGACUUUAACAUCCGUAAAAUCAAUGGCCCAGUCUGCUGUUAUGUUGCCCAAACAUUAA